CUUGUGGUUACUUUUACAGUUUUUUGAAAAGUACUUGAAUUGCUGUGUGGUAUCAGCUCUGUACAGCACAGGACGGAGGACAGCAAGUCACAACUGAUAUUGAUUUAGGAUGGGCAACAUUUUCGAAAAAUUUGUUGACACGGAUACCAGCUCCUAUCUGAGUGAAAUUAUUGGGAUGGACCUGGACCCAGGAGACCUAGAAAACUUCUAUAUCCCUGAAAGGACAGGGUACCAUGGCAGGUGCAAGAUCCCUUUAAUUGCUGAUACAAAGAAAUUGCUGCGUGCAGAUAAAAAAUAUUUUACAGUCUCGGAAAAUAGGGCUCCUGGCAAUAACAUGGUGACCAAUAGAGGUCCUCGGGCAACAACACCUAUAAAUCAAGGGGUAAUUGCCACUAAAAGCCAUACCACUAAGACCAGUAAACACCCUUCCACAAUCACCACCAGAAACAACUUGCAUUUAUAUAGCACCUUUAACAUAGUAAAACAUCCCAAGGUGCUUCACAGAGGCUUAUUCAGACAAAAUUUGGCCAAUGCUGCUAAAAAUCUUUGGAAAAACGUAACCAAGAACUUUGAGUCAAGCAUCACAGGAAGCACUUCAGCAAUUGUCACACACAACCCUCGAACGACUAUUACCAGAAACACUAUUAAGAUGCCAAGGAGAAAUCCUCUUAGGAACUCUUUGGUGAUUCCUACGAAAAGUACUUGGCUAACUACCACUAAGAGAUCUGGUAGAACUACUACUAGAAGCCCUUGGGAUACUGUAAUGAGAAAGCCUAUGUCAAACAUCACUGAAAGGCCAUCAGCAACCAUCAGUAAGAACCCCAGGGCAAUGGUCAAUAGAAAACCUUCGGUGACUCCCUUUCAGAUGUCAAGGAGGACCAGCAUUCAAAAUCCUUUGAUAACGACCACUAGAAGUCCAUGGGUGACUGCCGGACGAAACUCUUUGACAAUCGCCAGUAGAAAUCCUAAAACAGUUGCCAUUGGAAAUUCACCGGCAGCUAGAAACCAAAACAGGGUGGGCACUAGAAAGCCAAAUAAUGUUAUUAUUAACAUUCCUUACACUGACACUGUUCAAAAUUCCAAUAAGAAUGCCAGUGGUAGUGCUAGCAGUGCUAGUCGAAAUUCCAACAGGAUCACCAUCCAAAAGCCCAAUAGAAUCGCCGUCCAAAAACCCAACAGGAUUGCCUCUCGAUAUCCCAGCCAAAUUGCCACUCAAAAACCCAUUAGAAUUGCUCAUCAAAACUCCAGCAGGAUUGCUGCUGAACAUGUAAAUGAUAUCACCAUUGACAAGGCCACCAAGACUAUCAUUCAAAAGACCAAAAGGCCCACCAUUAGAAAACAUGAUGAGGAUAUCAUUCAAAACCCCAACAUAAUCACUAUUAAAAAAGCUAACGUUAUUAACAUUAACUAGACUUGUUAAACUGGCAAUGCAAAGGACAAGAAGAUGCUCAAUCAGGAGACUUGGGACCACAAUCAAAACUCAAUGAAACAAGUUCUUUAAGUGAUGUAUCUGUUUUUUUUUAAAUAUUUGCCUUCCAUGUGAUUGAUCAAUUAAAUAGAAUGAAACCCAA